AUGGAGGCUGCACCUAUAGUCGAUUCCGCGCUUGCUCGUACAGCGGGCCAUCUGAUGGCGGCUAAGAUGUUCUCGCUGGCCUCCUGUGUCAUGCUCUUCUACGAUAUCGUUCUCACCUUCGGCGACGAGGUUGAGAAGAAUCGCUAUCUAUCACCCCUAGGCUAUAUCGUUAUAAUUGUAUCAUUCCACGAUCCUUGGCCGAAGUCGAUAUGCAAUCGUUACGUUCUAUUCCCCGAAGCACUGAAGGUAUGCACGUCCGUAGCUAUUGGCAUCAUUUUCAUCCUGAGACUGUACGCAAUAUACUCCGGAAGUCGCAUCAUAGUAGUAUGUGCGGGUCUUCUGCUCGCUGCCCAACUUGGGGUUAAAACGUGGGCAUUCACCGACGGAACGAGCCUCAGUUUACCGCCUGGUCUCACGGGUUGCAUUUUAGUUGGGAAGUCACCGCCCGGCGAAAGAUUUGUUUAUACUUGGAUUGCAGAACUUGUUUUCGAUUCAGUUAUUUUCUUCGCAACGCUGGGCCGUACAUUUUACUUAUACCAUACGACGAAGCGGAAUACUUCCACCCUCAUUGAACUUAUUAUGAGAGACGGCAUUAUAUACUUCGCCGUCAUCUUCGUAGCAAACCUUGUCACCGUCCUUAUCUUCCUGUUUGCACCUCCGGAUAUCAAAGCUAUCAACGCCAGUUUUAGUACUUUGAUAACAAGCCUGAUGGUGUCUCGACUCAUGUUGAACCUGCGAGGCUUCCUCGAGCAUGACCGACGCGUGUCAGUCCUCCCUCCGUCGCAGUAUGGAUUCGAGAUGAGGGCCUCCACCAGAGCAUCCUCUGGAGUCUCGAAAGAUCCGGUCUGA